UACCUUAACGCGCUCGCCUGACGUCGCUGAGCAUUCUUCCCUGCUACUUCUUGCAACCACACAGUCGCGUGCCUCGCUCCACACAAGCACAAUCAAUUCGCCUUUAGUCGCUCAAGAAAAAGCACGAAUGAGUCGCCCCCAGGAUGCCAGCUGUUAAGCGCACUUCCAUGCGUAGUGUUUACGACCCUAUCGCCACUGAGCCGAUCGUCGCGUCUGAGCCUGCUCGCCUGGUUGUGAAGCGGACUGCUUGCUUCGCCGAUACCGGCUCGCUCCCCAGCUAAGGCUUCUGCCCCCUCGAGGGGCUCAAGUGAUUCUGCGUCUGCAAUAGUUUGUCCCGGCAACCAAUUUAGCAUCAGAGAGUGAUUGUUUCCAACACAGCACACAGCACCUGUGGUCUCCCCAAGGCCCGCGCGAGCGAGCACUAAAAAAGCCUAAAAAUGACCGUGAACGAGAAUGGUGUCCUGCACAUGCCUAUCUUCGAGGGCAGCGAGAAGCGCAUCGAGGUGGACUUCCGCCUCGGCCCCAACGUGCCCGCCAAUGGCCUCCGCUCCAUCCCGCGCGAGACGCUGGACGAGCUGAUGACCCUGGCGCGCUGCUGCAUCGUGUCGUCGCGCAGCAACGACAAGCUGGACGCGUACGUGCUGUCUGAGAGCAGCCUCUUCGUGUACCCCACGAAGUGGAUUCUGAAGACCUGCGGCACUACACGCCUGCUGAACUCGGUGCCGCGCCUGCUGGAGGUGGCGCGCUCCAUUGGUCUGGAGCCCCGCCGCUGCAAGUACACGCGUGCCAGCUUCCUCUUCCCGGAGAACCAGCCCUUCCCCUACACUGCCUUCGAGCACGAGGUGGGCUUCCUGGACGAGCACUUUGGCGCCAUGUGCGCCAACGGCGGCACCGCCUUCAUGCUGGGCGAGCCCUACCAGGGCCUGCAGUGGCACGUGUACCUGGCGGACGACAUGCUGCCGCUGGGCCCCGAGUUCAAGCCCACCUACAACUUCGAGGUGACGAUGACGGACCUGGGCACCGAGGCGGCCGCGCAGUUCUUCCGCGACAACAACCCCAAGUUUGUCUCGGCGGAGCGCACCACCAAGGACACCGGCAUCGCUGAGCUCAAGCCCAAGGCCAUCAUCGACGACUACGUCUUUGAGCCGUGCGGCUACUCGAUGAACGGCAUUGACAACACCGGACUGAUCACCAUUCACGUGACGCCGGAGGCGCACCAGAGCUACGCGUCGGUUGAGUUUUCGGGCUUUGGGGAGGACCUGAUGGCGCCGGUCCAGGAGCUGCUGAACAAGGUGGUCAAGAUCUUCGCGCCGGGCAAAGUCUCGGUGACCAUGUCUGUGGACAAGGUCGAUAUGGACGCGACGGGCUGCUGGGGCAACCUGACGAUGUGCCCCGCGGGCUUCGGCCUGCAGGGCGCCUCGAGCCAGGUCAGCCCCUGCGGCGGCAAGGUGGCGUACUACACGCUGAUUGAGAAGCUGGCGGCGCCCGGCUCCCCGAUCACGCCCCUGCACCACGCCGCGUCCUUCCUGUCCAUUGUCACGUCCUCGGACUCCGAGGCGGACAAUGGCAGCGAGCCCGAGCGCGAGAUCGUUACCACCGCCACGGCCUGAUGAGCUGGAGGGAGAGAGGCUGACGGCGGCGGCGGCGGCGGGUGAAGCGCCGCUAGCUGCUGUUGGCUCCUUGCCGGCUGCGGGCUGAUGAGACUGGUGCCUCCUGCGCAUGGGCUGCAUGAUUACGGCACGCCACGAUUAGGUCUUUUUACGUUUGCUGAGCUUAAUGUGUUGGGAUGCGGGGGCUGCGGACACUCGGAACGUGCGCUCUGACGCCGAUAGGGCCUUGCUUGUUUGCUCGCGUGACAUACGACCUCCAAGCAAAGUGUUAGAAGACUGGAAACGGUGGUGUACAACAGACUGCUCUAUUGACGGAGCCUGUAUAUGUGAGGUUAUGUUGCUUGCGGGCUGCGGCUGAGGAUUCCUUGCUGGCGAAGGAGCGUGCGAUUCGUGUCGCUGUGCUUGAAGGCGUUUCAGUCGUGUGCGAACGUGGCUCGUGGUGUGUAUGCCCAUUGCGCUGGGGUGCUCCUCGUGGCAUUCAGCAGAUGAUAUGGAUGAGGAGGAUGUUUCCUGGUUUGGCCGUCGUCGUCACAUCGUGCCCGAGGCUGCGGUCGGGGAACCGGCUGCAUUGGCCAGGCCGGUGACAGGGCUGGCGUGGCGGAAGGGGCGCACAUGGGGAUUUUGAUAGACGCGUCUUUGCCGAGACUUGUCUGACGCGCCCGCGCUACUGGAAGUUCAGUGCUGGAGUUGAGGUCUGUGUGUGUUUGUGUGCACCUUGCGAAUAGUACUUUUUAGGUGUUCAUAUCAAUCGGUUCAUCCUUGGUUUGCCGGGCCAGCAGCGCAGAACGCACCUACCCCUCGGGGGCCGGAGAGAGGCAGAGGCAAAAGAGAGCGUUAGCUGUGGUCCAGAGAGAGUCUUCAAGUGCACUUUUAUAACCAGCUGAUGUGAUGUGCGUCGAGCAGCUUAGUCAUUACGGCACCUAGGCCUUGUGGGUAGCGGCCUCUCACGCUGUGGUCGCACUCAUGCUGUGUGCGUUUCAUGUGUCUUCGAUGGAUGCGAAGAGCGCCAUCAGCAGUGGCCUACAAUAGGGUAAAGGCAGUAGUACGAUGCUCAUAAUGGGCAUGUAAUUUGUUGCUUCGUUUGACAGGGCAGGGCUUGCAACUGAAGAGAUCGUACUUGGUGUACGCUGUGCAUGGGAAUAUACGAAUGGGGCGGGGAAGGCAAGCACACGGUGCAAACAGCAUUGUAGAUGAUGCGCCGCGCUGCAAACAGUACUUGGACGGGCUCAGGAACAUGUCUAAUGAUGAUGGCUGCCGUGAACAAUGAAGGAAAAGGCUGUAACAAUUGCGGCCA